AUGGCUCUGGAGAGCGACACGGACAGCGUGGUCCGCGACAGCAGCAGCGACAUCGAAAAUCGCGUCAAUGCUGGUCCGUCGAAGCCGCCGCCCAGCCCCGAAGAGCUGGCGGAGAUGAAAAACGAACUUCAGAAGCUCGCCUCCUGGGUAAAAUAGUGAUAUUUAAUGGUGUAAAAAAAUCUCUAUGAGUACGAAGUUAGCCCUUUUUUGUCCGAAAGCCACAAAAUGACGACGAAAAAGCACUGAAGUAAGCAAAGUUAAAAUAGCUCUGAAACUGCUGUUAAGGCUCAAAAAAAAGAGCGGGACGGACAAAAAUCGUUAUUUUUCUAUUUAAAAAUAUGAUACAUGCUGAUUUAAAAUCAAAAUAUAAAAAAAAAUCCUCUUUCCUACAGUUCCACGGAUUCCCCGGCUUCCACAGAGCAAGACAACUCGAUUUGGAAGAUCCGAUCGCCAUGUGCAAUUGUCACGUUUUCGCAGAGUUCCUACACCUUAUGUCAGUUAUUUUCUCAGAUUUUAAAACAAAAAAAGAGAAUUUUCAGCAAAGAACGGACGUUUGACGACGCUUGGCUCAACACAAUUGUCAAGGGGAAUUCGGUGACGAAUAAUCACGUGAAAAGGAGCGCUAUUAGGAAGGUUUCAAAAUCAAAAUGGGACUUUUUAUUGAUCUUUUUCAAUCUGUUCUAGUUAUUGUGAAACCCCGAAGUAAAGCUAGAAAGAAAACUGAAAUUUCUAAUUUCAAAAAGAAAAGUGGAUUUUCAUUUUUUCUAAAAAAAAUAUAGCUCUCCUGAUUAACUAGUUUUAAGUUUGAAAAAUAUGAGGUAAAAAAAAAGCUAGGGAGUCUUUGAAUUAAAGAGGAUCUAGAGAUAUAAUAAAAAUUUCCAUUUACUCAAGCUUCUUCUUUCAAAAAUUCCUUCCAAAAUAUUCAGAAGUUGGUGAUUUUCCAUACUUUUUAGUAUUUCGAAGGUUUUCUUUUCGUUUCUCAAGGCUUGAAAGAAAAUGAGAAGAUAUAUUAAGGAAUCUAGAAAAUUUCCAUUUUCAAACUGAAUUUUCAAAGAGCUGCGUAUACUUUUAACGCCGAUAAGUUCAAAAUCAACAAGAAUCCACUGAUUAUUGGGAUUGGGGAACAUUUGCAGCUCAUGCGACAACUGACCAAUUAUAUCACGAUAGAACUCGGGUGCCGUGUUGAGACGGAACGUUGGAAUCACCAGGACGCUUUCAUCAAUGGUUUUUUGAGAGAUUUUCAGAGUUUUAUCCCAAGUUUGAUUUUUCAGGUACCGUCGAAACGGACCUUCCGGUUGUCUUGAACCUUGCCACGUUGAUUGUCGGCGUCGCUCAUUUCGGGCCGACUGCUAAAAGUUGGUGGAAUUUUUGCGAAGAUUAUAAAUAAAUGAAAAUGUUGUUUUAAAUUUUGGAGAACUUCAUUCAUUUUUUGAAUUUUUCCUGGUCUUCUCAAUAAUAUUUUACCGGCUGAGUUUCCAAAUUUUUUCCUGAACUUCAGAGGUCAUAUCUAUCUGUUGAUUCCUUCCUUGAAUUUUCAAAAAUAUGUAUUAACUGGUUGAUUUUUUGAAUUUUUUUUCCUUGUUUUUUCGAAUUUUUCCACCAAAUGGAUUCGCUUACCUUCAGAAAUCGUACCGUACUCCUCGGAACUCACUUCGACGGCCCCAGAUUGCAUGCGCAUCGUCGCCAACAUGGUCAAGGAGGUGUUGACGGAAAUCCCGGCUCUCGGAACCCUCAAAGGAGGUGACGACGAUGACAACGACGCCGUCGCAGCUUCAGAAGCCGCCGUCUCCGAUCGGCUCAACGAGUCUUCGUUCAGAAUUUCCAGUGGAAGUGAAGUCGUCGAGUCGUAUCAGCUCCAGAAGUUGACCACACAGGUCAUUCAGAAAAAAAAGUAGUUUUAGAAAAGGGGAUCAGCUCGUUCCGAUUAGUGUACUGUAGGUUAAAAUUGUGCAUGCACCGAAAGCGGUUUUUGGGCUUUAACUUUUUUGAAAAGGAGUUUUCGCUACAAAAAGUAUGCGAGUUUGAAGAACAACACAAUAGAAAAGCUCAGUUGAAAUUAUUUAUCUCUUGAAGAGAUUUUUUUCGCAAGCGCUAGAAAAUUAUUAAAAAAAUUUGGAAAAAAAUUUAAAAAUUAUUAUUCUAAAAAUUUUUCCCCGGCUGAUGAAUGCAAAUUCAAUUGAUCAGUAUUAGUAGAAAAAAAUUUUAUCUAACUAGCGAAUGAAAUUGUUAAAUCAACAGAGUCUCAAAACUUUUUUUAAGAAAAAAAUAGAAAUUUUAUUUUUCGUUUCUAUACGUUUUUCGUAUCACAUGACUUCGAGCUAAAAACGAAGUUACGUAUAUGGUUUAUAAAGCCUUUUUGUCAAGCUUUUUCGAGUUUCUCUAUGAUAACUAUAUUGAAAGCUUGUUUAUCGCGGGCCUUUUUUCCCACGGAAUGAUCAGAACUGGUUUUUUCAUGGUCUGCGACGUUUCCAAUACAAUAAGGGAGAGAAAAAGAGCAGAGAGAGCGUGAAUUUUGAAGAGAGAGUUGAUGGUAUCAGAUAACUCUUUUUUUUUCAUUUGUUUUUUUAUUGUGUGAUAAAUUUCCGCCGACGCAAUGUCUACUUGCAACUGUUUGAUUUCCUCUUGAAAUUUUAUCAAACACGGUUUUUUGUUCUAUCAUUGAUUCUUUCGUUUGGUUUGAAGUUUUGGCAAACGAUUCUUACCUUUUCUUAAUAAUGUAGCUCGAAAUUUCGAAUUUUUUGCCUCAAAAAUGACUUACAAGAGGAUUUUUAGCCCGUGCUCGAUCUUUCCAUGAAGCUCUUUUGAAGUGAAUUUCAAAAGUUCCUGAUCCCAAAAUAAAAUUUCUUGCAAUAAACUUUUUUUUGAGAUGUAACGGUUCACAAGCAUCAGCAAGCUCUUUUUUUCAUAAUUAGUUGAUUUUUUCGAAUUAUAAAGCGUAAAAACUCGGAAACGAGCUCUACCUUGAGAAGAAAAUGUCUUGUUCGAGGUCCUGAAGAUCAUUUUAGUCGAGUUUCAUUCGAAGCCCCUGAAGCCACCACGUUUGAAUCUUCAAAAGUUAGAGAGUACUGGUAAACAGGAGGCUGUUUACAGAGAAAAACGCCAGACCUCUCAUUUUUUAAGUCUAACUUUCAAAGAUUCGAACGUAGAGUUUACACGUUACAAGUUUAUUUAGUCUCUAGAGAAAAUUUUUUGCUGAAUCAUGGAAUAAAGAAAGAAGUUAUCUUCGGUUUGCGGAAUAUCGUUGGCCAAGAUAGACUCGAAAAUCAUUUUCUCUUCUUCCAAUUGAAAUUUGAGCAUUCCGACGAUGAGCUUCUUCUUUAUCGAACGUAGACUCGGGCUGAAUCAACUUCCUUCUUUAGAAAAGAAAAUACAUUAUCUAAUUUCAGUUGAGCGAAACUGCGCGGGAACGGGAUAAGCUGGCUCUGGAGCUGGAGACGAUGCAAGUGGCGCUAAGGGAGUCGGAAAUGGCGGCCAAGGCGAGCACCAGCGAUCCGGCCAUCACUUUUCUCGAGGACCAGAACAAGAAUCUCAAGGUGGUGUUUUCAAAUUAAAAAGACAAAGGUUUUUUUUUAUAGGAAAGACUGCGGGAGUCUGAAGAUAAACAUAGUGAGCAGGAAGGCCUCCUCGACUCGUUGAGGACGUCGGUCAAGGAACUGACGGAGAACAACACCAGGCUUAUGACCGAAGUGAGGGUUUGGGCAUUUUGAGAAUGAAAAAGGGGAAAAAGAAUGUUAUUUACGCUACUAUUUCAUUAUUUUGCUGUAAAUGUUCGGGUUCAAGUAAUAGGCCACAAGGAAAUGAAACUUUCUAGGCCGUAUGUCUCAAAAAAAAGAGAAGAUUUUUCUGUUUUGAUGAAAUUGAAAAUUCCCUGUUUUUUCAUUGAAGUCAUUGCAAUUCUCAGAAUAGUGAGUGAUAAAAUUAACAUAUUGAACUUGAAAAUAAAAGAUUUCGCUCUACUUUUCGCGAUCUUAUCAGUGGCGAAAGAAGAAUAAUAUGCUCAAAAGUUAGGAUUGAUAAGAAAAUUAAAGUUUUGUUUUUGUCACUACGAGAGGUUUGAAAUGAAUAGUUAGAUGAAACAAGCAUAAAUAUCGAAAACUUUUUCUCAAACGAAGAAAAAAUUUCCAAACUUACGGUAAGUUAUCCAGAACCGCGACGUCAGCCAGCUGAAAAGCGAGAUUCAAUCGUUACGCGAUGAGCUAGAGAUCUCAAGAGAUCAGUUGGGCAAAAGCCGCGUCGACAGCGAACGACGGAAACAGAUUGAGAAGGAGCUGAAGGAACGCGAUGCUCAGGUCUGUAGAAAAGGGAAAAAUAUUGGAAAUCACCGCGAAAGUGGCGUCAUUUCAUGUUAUAAUCAAGGUAGGGUUACGUGAAAAUAUAGCCGAUCCAUGGAUAGCUUGGGACUCAAAGGGGCGUGGCCUGUCUGCGCUCUCCACCUACCAGGCACCGUCUCUUUUCUAAUCGUGCCAGGACCCGUUCCUCGAGUGCUCAAGCCAGUCGUCAAUCAGCCAUUGAUAAGCGUAAAAUAAACCGGCUGCGAAAUUUCUGCUGUAAUUGGCAGAAUAUGGUUGGAUUGAGUGCUCUACGGGCAACGUGUUUGAUAAUAAUUUAUUUUUUUUUCUAUUUCGAACUUUCUAGUUGUCUUACAAUGUAUUUUUUUGAUUGGCAAAGAAAAGCUAAAAAAGGUUUUGCAGAAUAUUAUGGAUCUCAAAGAUAAUAAUAUUGAAGGAGUAGAGAUUCAACUAUGUCUUUUUCCGAGUAGAGUUGAUUUUGAAUUACUGUUUAAUUGAAUAAAUAUUUGAAUGAUAAUUAAAAGUAUACUUUGUAUUCCAAAACCCACGAGAUGGCCCAAAAAAAUCAUUUUAAUCAUGGGAAAAUUUUCUCCGAUAUCGGAUACGUUUCAAAAAGUCUUCAAAGUUUUCCGCGGAAUAUUUUGAUUUAUUCUGUGCUUCUUCAGCUUAGUUUUGGAUAAUAAUUGAAAGAAGACUUCUUAUUUCAAAACCCACGCGGAGCGCAAAAAUCAGUUUCCUCAUGAAAAAAUUCUCUUCGAGAUUGGAUACGUUUUAAAAGACUUUAAAAGUUUUCCGCGGAAUAUUUCGAUUUACCUUGAUCUUUCCGACUUAGAUCAAACUGCAACAGUCGCGCCUCGACCACUACAUCACAAAAUCGACGGCUGAAUCGGCGGAUCGUGAUCAAAUCAAGGUGGAUUUCACCGAGAAACACACAUUUUCGUACUUUUCCAGACGCUACGCCAGCAAAUCGGAAACUUGAAUGGAACCAUCGAAAGCUUGGAAGGAAAGUUGGUCCACAGUGAAAAGCAGAUUUCGGAGGUUUAUCCAGUGAGAAACAAUCCUUUCAACUUGAGAUUUGUAGCUCGAAAAUGAACUGGUGAAGAUGAAGGAGCGAAAUAACGCGCUGGAAAGUAGGAAAGAGGAGCUGACGAUCGAACGGAAUGAGCUGCAGAACAAGCUUUUGGAUGUUCAAGGUUGGUUGUGAAGAAAAUUACGGUAGAUUUAGACGAAAAAUGGUUAUAUAAGUGCGUACUUUGGAGCGUUGUAUUUAUUGAAGAAAAAUCAUCCCAAAACUAUAUUUGUUCUUCUAAAUCCAGAAAGAGAACUUUGAGUUUUAAUGAUUUUCUAAGGUUUUCCCGUUUGUUCUAGGUCUACGAACUCAUUAAUUUUGGUAUUAUAGAUGUUUUCAAUUUUUUCCUUGAUUCCAAUAUAUUUUUCUGAUUCAUUUUUUUUUCUCUUGUUUGAUUUGAUGACAAACCAUGUUGGAAAGUUGUGCAGAAUCAUUUUUUUUUUCCAGCUACUUGAUCAGAUUAUUUAUAGUUUUCUCAGUAGUUCUCCGCAAAAAAAUAUUUUAGGAAUAGUCUUUGCCGAUUUUGGCUAUUGAUUUGGAAGACAAGCUUUAAAUUUCUGAGAUGUUGAUAAUUUUUCAUAUUUCUCCCCUUCCAGCUUCGGAUAGCAACACAGAACGAUCGCUUCACGAUUCCCUGGGCGCCGACAACGAGCUCCUCAAUAAUAAGUAGGAAUAAGAAAUUCGACAAAAAUUAAUGAGUUUUUUUUAGCUCGUUCGAACGUCAGAAGCUCGAGGUUGAGAAUAAGAGGCUGCACGAGCGUGUUCAGGAGCUGGAAGGACUCGAACAGCUUCAAGGCGAAGUUUCAAUUCUGAAGAACCGAAACGCGACCUUGGAGGGUGAUGCUCAGCUCGCCGAGAAGCGGAGGGAUGACUUGAUGGUGGGGAUUAAUGGUUUGGAAGAAAAAUAGUUGAAGAGCUCAAGAAAGAAGUCAUUUUAGUGUGAAAGAUGUUGAAAGACAGUUGAAAAGACGUAGAAAAUAUAGAUGCUUGGCUCAAAAAUAGCUAAAAUAGCAAAAAAAAAAAAGAUUGUUUAGGUCCAGAUAGCCGAUCUGCAGCAGAAAUUGGACAGCAGCCAACUGACGGUUCAAGGCGGCGUCGCUGACUUGACUAUACAACUGGAAAAGGCUUUGAUUGAAGGCCAAAAGUCGAAGGAUGUGGCUGAAAGAACGGAAAGAAGGCUCAAUGAUCUGGAAGGUUUCUCCAGAAUCAAAGCUCGAUUUUCAAGUUGGACUUUUUCCAGACGAGUUGGAGAAGAAAGUGAAAGAGAACGAGAAACUUCACAGAGGCCUCGAAGGAGCGAAAAUGGUCAUUGAUGACUUGGUCUGAUGAUUUUUGAAGGAAUGGAAGUUGAUGGAUUUUUCUAGGAGAGUCACGUGAAGGUCGUUGACGAAGACGGCGGCAAGACGUCCGUUCAGCAGUUCCGACAGCUUCAGAUGGACAAUGAGCAGAAGGAGAAAAGGGUGAAUAAAAAUGACGCGAAUCAGGAAAAAAAAUGAACUACCAUGAGAUAUAAUCCAUUCUCCGUGACUUGACAGUUUUCGAGUGUCUGCGUCUCUCUGUUCCUUCACCGGCGUGAUCAGGGAAAGGGUCGCCGAGAGAUUAGGAGGGCGCAGAGAAAGGCAGCAGUUUCAAGUCGCGAAAAUUGGACUAUCCUUUAGAGUUUGUAAAUUGACAAGAAUAUUUUACAAGAAUUUUAUGUAUUCACUAUGGAUUAUAGCCUUCUGGUCGCAUUAAGAAUGACUCAACGCGUCGCGGUCGCGCUGCGGUUGAAUCCUGAAUUUUGAAAUGUUGUUUUACGCCUUUUUUCGAAAUUUGCGGAUUUUUAUAUUUACAAAAGGUGUUAGAUGGAAGAUAACGGGCUCAUUUUCAAGAUUCGGCAACUUGAAGAGGAGCUGGAAAACGGAAAACGAAAAUACGAGGAGGAGACACGGCUGGUCGCCACUGGAUUCCAUGCGGCGGUAGGUUUUUUUCUUUCUGGAUUAAAUGAUUCUCACAGUACCAGAUUGCGAUGACACACGGAAAAUUUGGAAGUAGUAGGGGAGUUUUAAAGAAAAGUAAUUUGACGAAAUUUUUCUUCAUUAUCUUGAGCGUUAUUUAAAAUUGUCCUCUAGGUGGUUCUGUUUAGCUCAUCGUGGCCCAAGAAGUGCAAGUAAAGAUUUUGAUAAGUCGGGUACAAAAAUUUGAAAGUCAAGAAAUAACGUCAACUUUUAACGUGUUAAGGUUGAUUUUGAACGGGCGUGUGAUACUUACUGGCUUCAAGUUAUGAAGAAUUGAGAGGAUGUGAGUAUGAUGAGAGGGGCGGCGCUUGAGGGAUCACUUGAAAUUCAAAAUCUUAACGGACCAUAUCGAUUUCCUCAGGUCCUUGACCGGAAUCGAGACGCGAUGACGUCGACGACGACGACGCCGCAACGACGGACUGUGGGCGGCGGCACCGUCGGAAGCCCCGACGUCGACGGCGCCAACGGCCAACCGGCCGCCUUCCUCACCCGCCAGAAAAUGCACCAAGCACUUCCUUGGAGGUAAUCGAAGAAUUUGAAAAGAAGGAGUUGUAGGAAUCGUAUUUAUCUAGGGGAAAGUAGUUGAUAAUAAGUUGAGAUUACAGAAGUUGUAGUUUAGAAUUAAAGAUCGAUAAGUCAAGUUAGUUUCAAAAAAGUCUUUUCAACUAAUUAUUGGAAAAAAGAUAAAAACGUUUAUUUUUUUCAGAUGCAACUAGGCGUUAGAGUGUUCCGUACCCUCACAUACCCCAAACAAUAGGGAUUUUUGUCAAUUUACCUUUUUUUCUGUUCAACUGUACCUAUGUUCACUUUUUUCGAAUUUUUUAUCGCUUUCGGGCUUUUCCCUUUGUUUUUUUUGAAUCCGAAAAAAAACUCGAGCUUUGAAAAUUUUUUUGAAAUCGCGUCUUAUGAUUUUGUUUUCUAUUGGUGCUGGUCACAUCAAUUUUUUGUGUGGUGAUGGUGAUUUGUUACUAAUUGAAGCACAGUGGUUAGGAAUUUUAUUUCGAGAAGGUUUCGUCAGCAUUUUUUUUCGGCUAGCCAUUCAGAGACUUAGUUCUGUAGAGCGCACUUGUACAGCUUGGAAGUCUGAUUUUGAACAGUUCACUCGAAAAAUCUUAAGAUAACGAGAUGAACCUAAGAAUCUUUGAAAUAAAUUUGACUCGUAACUACUUGAUCCGUCGCGAUUUUAAACAGUUGACUGUCUGCGCUCUCGCUUUCCCUCAUGAACCAAAAGUUUUACUGUUUUGAAUCGCGACCAUUGUUUUAUAAUAAAAAAAUUCACUCACUCACGCAUCCGCUCACUCACACACUCACUCACUUACUCAUUCAACAGUCGCCUGUCGUUUUUUCGUAUUUUCAGUGGCAGACUCUUAAGGGGCGUGUUGAUCUUCUUGAUGUCGUUCUUGAUCAUGGCGACAAUGCUCUUCUCCGUCCACCAGUACCACGAAUCCGGCCCGCCCAUGUCGUGA